AUGAGGGACCUACCUGCAAUUGACCCGAAGGCCGCCAUGGCUGUGGGCAUCAUCGUGGGCUUGCUGUCAACCUGCGUCCAAUCGGUCGGCUUGACACUACAGCGCAAGUCGCACAUGCUGGAGGACGAGAAGGAGGAUCAUGUUGAGCGCAGACCGGCCUACAAGCGACGACGAUGGCAGAUAGGCAUGUUCCUGUUCCUGGUCGCGAACAUCGUGGGAUCUACAAUACAGAUCGUCGCCUUGCCACUCCCACUUCUGAGCACGUUGCAAGCCUCUGGACUGGUGUUCAAUAGCAUUUUGGCGACUUUGAUUCUGAAAGAGCCUUGGACAUGGAGGUCGGCAUACGGAACAAUACUGGUCGCUGCAGGCGCAGUCCUGAUCAGCUGUUUCUCUGCUGUACCGGAGCCGAGCCACACGCUCAAACAACUUCUGGUGCUGCUGGGAGAGCCUAGCUUUCUGGUCUGGUUCAUCUUGUCAUUGCUGUUCGCCGUGGGAACCAUCGUUGUGACCUUUACCCUGCGAAAGUGUAUACCAGGCGCAAGGAGAGACAGUCCGAGAGUCCUCCUCGUAAACGGCAUGAUCUUUGGCCUGGUGUCCGGGAUUCUUUCGGCCCACGCACUGCUUCUAGCUAAGAGUGCAGUCGAGCUCAUCGUGCGCAGCGUUUCGCAUAAGAGCAAUCAGUUCAAAUCGUGGGAGCCGUGGGUUCUGAUUCUGUUUUUCCUGGUACUGUCUCUUUCGCAGCUGUACUACCUUCACCUGGGACUGAAGCUCAUUUCGACGAGCAUUCUCUAUCCUUUUGUAUUUUGCAUCUACAAUAUUGUCGCCAUUCUGGAUGGCCUCAUCUAUUUCCAGCAGAUGAACAAGCUGCCAUCUCUGUCAGCUGGACUGAUCGCUCUCGGCACUGUACUGUUACUGGCCGGCGUACUUGCGCUGAGCUGGCGACUACAAGAUGAUCACAACGAAGAACACCCACACGCGAAGAACGAAAUACCGCAGACCAUACUCGCUCCUGGCAUGGGAUUCGUGGAAGACCCAGACACGGACACGAACGAUUCGGAAUCACUGCACACGGACGACGAGCUGGAAUCUGAGAGGGAGAUCGAUGAGCACACCAACCUUAUCAGGAAGUCACUUCAGCGAAGUCACUCAACAACGAACAAAGUUCCCAACUAUGUUCCCGGACACACUCAUGUCCACACUACCAAGCGUCGGCAUCGUGCAGCCACGCUCAAGGAAGUCAAGGCGAUCUGGUCAGCGCUUGGCGAUUCAGAUGAUCGUUAUGGGACUUUCGAUCGUCCAAGCUCGUCAGUCUCAGAUACACCAAGACCUGAAACUAGCGAACAUCAACGUCAGCGAAGACGAAGGCGAUCUACUUCGGGCAAAGCUCUCCAGCCGAGUGAUGAGGAGCAAGCUCUUGGUCUCGAAGUCAUAUCACGAUCGAGUACGAUGCCAGCAAAUCGACGCAACUCGCGUCAGAGGAGAAAGAGUUCGCAUCCUAGCAGCGCACUGUUCUCAGACCUAUUAAAAGGUGGCUGGUGGUCCUCUAAGCGAAAGGACGAAGAUGGAGAAGGACCGCCAUCGCCUUCGAGUAGCAGGCACGACAGAUCUGGCGGACCUGCCUAA